GUGUCUUGUAUGGUUCGCGCGCGGCGGGGUUUUCCGACUUCACUGCAAAUGCUGAACGCUUGCCGGAUUUCGAUCUCACGUACUUACUAGAUCUACCCACGGACGACGAGGGCGCGGCGAAAGCCCGAGUUCUCACUAACAUCAAAGAUUUGUGCGAAGCAUUGGAUACAAAGUUCCAACAACUACACGAGGAUCCGGAACAACUGAUGUCCUUAUUAGGAAGCUGUCGCACGUCCGAUACCUCCCAUAAAACUGAUGGGGCAGGAGGUGGUCAGGAACACACUCCAGCAGCUUCUUCAGCAUCGCUUUCGACCUCAACCUCAUCAACCUCCAAGACUAAGAGCAGUGCCCGUGGCAACUCAUAUCCGUUUCACGAGCGCAUUGAGACCCAGGAUUUUGGGCCCGUGUAUCUGCUGCACCGUUUCGUUGUGAAGGAACUGGUCACUCAAGGAGCGCGGGUGCCCGUACUAAAACUGGAGGAGGUUACGUCUGUGGUAUGUUUUGCGCCUUCGCGACAGGUGAAUAUUGGGGAUGAAGACAUUGACAAAGCGC